GAUUUCUAAAAAUGCGAGUUCGUAUAUUUACUAACAGUAACACCACAGCCUUUUCCGGUAGUUGAUGAUCCCUUGCCAUCGUUUGAAACUGCUCACCAGUAACUGCUGUAGCCUCUCUCCUUCCUCCUGUCACUUCAACAAGCAAAGCAACAACCACUUCUUGACAAGAAAGAAACUGUUCAAACCAAUGGCACCAUUUAAAAUAGCCAGAGUGAAAUUUUCAUCCAAAAAAUCUUGUUUUUUAAUUGUUCCAAACGAAUGGGUUCAGGACACUGUUGAGAAGCCUACUGUGUGGAAGGUUUCUUAUAAUAGCAAUAAGAAAGCAUACUUCACAAACAGCACAAGCUACAGAGGUCAUGAUCUGUUUCUUGAUAAUGAUCCUGUUGUCAAAAUAAACAAGAGAUAUGCAAAUAAGCUAGGAAUAAAUGAAAAUGAAGAGGUUGUACUACAACAGCUAACAGCAAGUUCAGUGCUAGCAUGCACUCAAGUGAAAUUGGAUCCGCUAACAUGUGAUGACUGGGAAAUAAUUGAACGAAAUGGAAAGAUAAUUGAAUCACAGUUAAUAAAUCAAAUUAGAGUGGUUUGGAAAGAUCAGGUUUUUCCUAUUUGGAUUGAUCAAAAUGUACUUCACAUGCAAGUGGUUGAUCUAGAACCUGAAUCACUUCCUGGAAUGCUGCUUGAAUACACUGAAGUUGUUAUUUCUCCUAAAAUGAGAGAUGAUAAAAGUCAGUCUUUUUCUAAUAAUAAUGCAGUACAAGGGAAUUCAACUGGAAUAUCCUAUUCUUUGGAAUCUAGUAAAACAUUUACUAACAGUUCAAAUUCCAUUGUACGCCCAACAGAUUUAACAUCGUUAUUAGAAAAACCAAAAAAUAAGGCAGAUAACGGGAACAGUAAAAAUCAUGAUGAUAAACCUGUAGAAACUUUAUCCAGUUCUGCUUCUGUACGUUCAAACCUUACUCCUUACAGGCAUAUUUCAGUUUUAAGCCUGUUUAGUGAUUUGGCAAAAAUGGUAAUGUCUACAUAUGGCUCUAAAUACAGUUCAUCUAUAGAAAACUUAAAAGAACUGGAGGUUCCUCACAAGAAAGAAAAUCUACCAUUCAAUUUAGACAUGAGCUUAAGGGUGGUUCCUUAUAACUUUGAACCAGAUUUUAAAUUGAAACAGAAUAAUGAUUCUGUCUUGCUGUUUUCUCCAUGUUCUGUUUAUCUAAGUGAAGACAGUCUGAAACAACAAUAUCCUUUCAUAUCAGAAGUUCCUAAAACAUUUAUUGCUAAGCUCUCAAAGAUUCAUACACCUGAAGAGAGACAUGCUUAUCUUUUCCACAAAAGUAAAGAACAACCAAAGAGUAGAAGACAAGAAAAUGAAAAAUCCCAGAAUGACAAAUUAUUGCAUCCCACAGAAGAAUUUGUAUUUGAUUCUGCAAAUGUAAGAGUAUUUGUAGUUUCAAAACGAGGAACUAGAGAACAGGAGGAACUUCAUCGUAUUUUACAUUUUUCUUAUUGUAUGAAGCAGUUAGCUAUACCUGAUUUACUUAGGAGACAAUUAGGGUUAGAGGUAACGAGUGUAGUACGUCUUGAAAGUGUUAACUACCUGGCAACCCAUCCUCGAUUUCUUUCACUAUAUCCUCAAUCCAUGGUCAAGGUUUCCACUGAAAGUGUCAUAGAGAUGUUCAAAAAUUGGAUAGGAGGUGUUAGUAACAAUUUUUAUCCACUUGUGGUCAUGCCUGGAACUUUAGUUUCACUUUCUGUCGAUGGUAAAAAUAUUGACUUUAUUCUGAAACCAGAAGCUCUUCCUGAGUUGGAUGCAACUCCUGCUUCAACUACAAAUAACCUCCCCCAAAAGGAUAAACCUAAUUUUACACCAUCUUCCACCUGUCUCUGGUAUCUCAUCCCAGAGGCUGUGAAGUCUGAUUUUGUUAUAUGCAAAGUUCAAGAUGUAAAGUUAAUACCCAUGAUGCCAUGGGGCAUACACUUACCCAUUCGUUUAAUGGAAGAAUUAGACUUUGGAAAAGUUGGAUGUCAAAUUGCAGAAUUAGGGGCAGUUAAAGAAUUAGCUGAUAAGGCAAUAGCAUUCUUUGAACUUGGACUUGGGCUUGUUCCUUCUGCUAAUUGUCUGACUGCGGGGUCACCAUGGAGUGGCUAUAGUUUACUGCUUACGGGACCUAAGGGUGCCGGAAAAACGUCACUGGCCAAAGCUAUUUGUCGAAAAUUGUCAGAUCCUUUUCAUUAUGUCUUUGUUAGUCUUUUGGAUUGCAGACGACUAAGAGGUAGAAAGAUAGAAGGCAUUCAUAAAGCAUGGAACAGAGUUUGUUGUGAUGCCAUUCACAGAGCUCCAUCUAUAAUUUUGUUCGAAGACUUGGAUUUACUGAUUCCUGCCCCAGCUUCAGUGGAAGUAGAAGCAUCUCCACAUGGACAGUACAUUGUUAAAAUCACUGAAGUAUUUAGAAGUAUGCAAGAGGCCCUGAAAGAUUCGGGAGCCAGAGUAGUCAUGUUGGUUACAAGUAAAUCAGGAAACUCUCUUCAUCCAUAUCUUUCUACUUCACAUGGAGUUCAUGUUUUUGACAUGGUUUUAGACAUUGUACCUCCCAAUAUGGAGCAGAGAAAAGAAAUUUUAGAAUCCAUUGUUUUGUUCAAGACAUAUCUUUGUGCUGAUGCAUUGAAAACGGUUAACUUAGCUACUGUUGCUUCUAAGACUGAAGGAUGUUUACCCCAGGAUUUAGAGAUCAUUGUAGAUAGAGCUACACAUGCUGCUUUUCUUCGCUCAAUUUCUGAUAAUAAAGUUCAAGAUGAAACAGAAGCAGUUUUGACUGAUGCAGACUUUCAAGCAGCUCUGUAUGACUUUUCUCCACUGUCUCUACGGGAUUUAAACCUUCAUACUGGGGGUGAUAAAGGGUGGAAUGAUGUGGGAGGAUUAAACUCAGUAAAAAAAUCAUUAAAGGAAAUGCUUCUUUGGCCUGUGAAAUAUCCAUCCCUGUUUGCUGCAUGCCCACUGAAACCACAGUCUGGAAUUUUGUUGUUUGGAGCUCCUGGAACAGGCAAGACAUUGUUAGCGGGAACUGUGGCCAAAGAAUUUGGAUUACAUUUCAUUAGUAUAAAAGGACCUGAGCUGUUGUCCAAGUACAUAGGAGCAAGUGAGCAAGCCAUCAGGACAGUGUUUAACAAGGCACAAUCUGCAAAACCGUGUGUGUUGUUUUUUGACGAAUUUGAUUCCAUAGCCCCAAGAAGAGGGCAUGAUAGUACUGGAGUAACAGAUCGUGUAGUAAAUCAGUUGCUUACACAAAUGGAUGGAGUGGAGAGUCUAGAGGGUGUAUAUGUGUUAGCUGCAACAAGUCGUCCUGAUCUAAUUGAUCCUGCUCUGUUAAGACCUGGAAGAUUAGACAAAUGUUUGCAUUGCCCUCUUCCUAACUUGGAUGAAAGAGAGGACAUUUUAAAGUGUCUCUCUCAACGUCUUGUCCUAGCAGAUGAUGUUGACUUGCAUGAUAUAGCUGAAAGAACAGAAUUCUUCUCAGGAGCAGACUUGCAGGCAUUAUUUUACAGUGCACAGCUGGAAGCCUUUCAUGAAACAAAAACAAAUGUAUCUGAGACUGUUCUUUCAAAGAAGAGUAUCAGUCCACUGGUCAAAAAGGUACAAGUUGUUACAGAGAAAGGUAAACAAUCUAAUUACAACUUUAGUCCAGGCAUCACAGAUGAAGAAGUGAUGUAUCUUCCAAGUGUUGAAGAAGGCGUAGUAGAACUUCAGCCUGAGCAACAGAGAAAACUUCUUCAGGAGGUGAAAGACAUCAAAACUAAUAUUUAUGGGAGAAACCAAAGACACCGAACUUCUACACAAGAUAAUGCUCCCAGUUCCCUCUCCCCUCUUAUAAAGCAGAAACACCUUCAGUAUGUAGCAAAUGAUAUGUCUCCAUCUGUGAUGCUUGAGGAAAGACUUCACUACCAGUCAAUAUAUGAAGCUUUCAUGGGAAGUCGAAGUAGAGAUUUCACUGUUCCAGGUUCAGUUGGUGGUAAAAGAGUGACACUAGCUUGAUGUUAUCUAGUCCAAGAUAUGUUUGUAAUCUCCAAUGAAAAUGAAAAUGUACCCCCAAAAACACUGUAACUGAAAAGCCAAAAACUGGAGUAGACAAAGAUAUCGUAUUAGAAUUUGGACACUCCAGCAGAAAAUGAAAAGGUACCCCCAAAAACACUGUAACUGAAAAGCCAAAAACUGGAGAAGACAAAGAUAUCGUAUUGGAAUUUGGACACUCCAGCAGAAAAUGACGUCUUCAAAUAAGUUGAUGGUGACAAUGUACAGAUAUAAUUAGAUAAAUGUGAAACAUUAGAUCAAUAAUAUAUGUAAAUACCUGUAAUUGUGUACAAAAAUUUUAUAAGUGAUUUUAACCCUCAUGUUUUUUUAGUUUAACGAAUAUAUAUAUGUUAAAGAAAAAUCACCAGGACGUAAAAAUAGACACUCCCUCAUUUCAGUUCAAAGGAAUGAUGCAACAAUAAUGAUUUUUUGUACUGAAAAAAAACGUGUUUUGUGUUACGGAAUAAUUAUAUUUGUGUUUUUAAUUUAACGAAUAUAUGUUAAAGAAAAAUCACCAGGACGUAAAAAUAGACACUCUCUCUUUUCAGUUCAAAGGAAUGAUGCAACAAUAAUGAUUUUUUGUAC